UUGAGUAGUCCUCGACUUACGACCGGUUGGGGGCUGUGGCAUUAAAAAGGUUGAGAACCACUGCUGUAGAGUGUGUUGACAGUGACCUCCCCUUAUAAUUUCCUUCCAUACUGAGAAGUAGAAAUUCAGGGAAGAUAGGCGGGGCAGGGCAGGCAAAGCAGGGCAGGGCGGGCAGGGCAGGACAGGGCAGAGCAGGCAGGCUCAACAUCAAAUGCUGUUUAGUCAAAUAAAAACAUAUCAGUUCUCCCCUUUAAAAAUCCAGAUAAUCAAUAGAUGGCAGCAAAGAGUGAAAGGUUUCUUUAUUUUGGUGGAGCCAUCUGGUGGCUAUCUAGUUUUUUGCUGCACAUGUCUGUUCUAAGAAGAGGUAUCUCUUCAGUGAACCUCACUUCCGUAACCACCUCUUAUUUCUUGAAAAGAGAAAAGACACCAAAGCUGGAGUGCCAGACAAUGCUUUCUAAGCAUGUGACUAAAGUUUGGAUAAUUCUCUAGAUUAACUGAAUUCCUACUGCUGGCUCUAAAUCAUAGUUUGAUUAACUGGCAUUUAGGCUAUUGAGAGUCAGAUGGCAUACAAGUUUAAUAAAUUAUCUGUUCACAAUAAUAGGAGGUCAUAGCUACCAGUUCUUUUGCUGGUGUUGCCCCUCAUAUACGUUGAAUUCUUCUCAAGAACCUAGGAUGUCAUAAGAUAUCAGCGUAGCACUUGUAUGGAUUCAUGAAGUGUGGCCUUUUACAAUUGACAGAAAUGUUUUCAAUGUGCAGAUUUUCUAAGUGCCACCCAAUAUUUGGGAUGGGAUGGGAUGGGAUGGGAUGAGAUGGGAUGGAAUGGAAUCUGGAAGAGACCUUGGAGGUCCAGUAUGCCAGUAACCACUGGGACCACCACAGCCAAUUUAGACCAUAACCUUUGAACUUUGAUUUUCAGAUCUUGAUAUUUCGUGAUCGUCUCCAAUUCUUUGUCUUCUAUUCUACUAUCUCCUGAAUCACAUUCAUCAGAGCCUUGAGCCCUUUUUCUCCUCACUUACAGCCUGCAUCUGCUCUAAAGAUGCCUGUUACGCUCCCUUUCCUGCUCCUUACAAUCUCUCUGCCGAAACCAUCCAUUGUAUGGCACCAAGCUCAAGAUGCGAUGGGAAAGCACCAGCUUCAGUGCUCUGCCCAAGAGGAAUAUGCAGGCAGCUGGUUCUCCUUAUACAUGGGAGACAGCCAGAAGCCAGUAGCUCAAAAGAAAGCUUUGCCAACAGAGUCCAGUGCCAUCUUUGAGGUCCAUGAGGUGGGCUCAGAUGAGCAAUUCCACUGUAGCUAUGAAAUCUGGGAGGCAGGGAAGGCAAUCCGCUCUCCACUUAGCCAGCCAGCAAACUUCACAGAAGUGCAUUACCCGAAGCCCUCAAUUGCUGCGAGUCCCAGCACAGAAAUCUCAGUGGGACAGGACUGGACGCUCCGUUGUUGGGCUCCCUUUUCAGGUGUCAGCUUCGUUUUCUACCAGGCCAGGGACUUCCGGUAUGAGGUCACUCCUCGAGGGGAUUCCAACAUGGCUGAAUUCUCCCUGGAGAAUGUCACAGGGGCUGAUGAAGGACGGUACACGUGCUACUACCACAGCCUCACCGAUCCUGUCAUCUGGUCCAAUGCCAGCAGCCCAGUGGUGCUGAAAAUCCUGGGUGUGUCUGAUGUUAGCAGAUAUCAAGAGGUGUUGGUUGACUCUGCAGGGAGGUAUCGAGUGAAUUGUUCAAUGCCCUCCGUAACUGGGGGCUGGUUCUAUCUGUAUAUUGAUGGGGAGUUCUUUGCUGAAACCAGAGCAUGGCAAAAUGGGACAAGCGCCAGCUUCGGCCUCACAGAAGAUGCCCUCAGCAACCUCAAGGGCAAGCUGAGCUGCCAGUUUGGGGAAAACCAACUCAACGAUACCAUAAGGCGGACACAAGAGUCACUUCUGCCGAGCCCUGAUUUCACUGCAGCCAAUUCUGUACGGCUCGGCCUCGGGUUCACUAUCCUCGUGGCAGCCGUGGCUUUUGUGGCUGAUGCGCUUUGGACUGAGAGGUCUCGGGAGAACUGAGCCAGGCAAAAGCUUCUGAAUCCAUGAGAUAUGUGGGGUCACGCAAAAGCAUGGCUUGAAACGGUCUUUUCUGGUGGCUGCAUCCAACGAGAAGGAUAACGGUCAAGACAGCUGAAAGCUUCCUGUGCAGAUUGAAGCUUUCAUUACUCAAAACAUUGAUCAGAAAGUCUUAUCGAACUUUGAGAAGUGGUUGCAAAUCCCUUCCUUUAGCACCGUUGAAACUUGGAACAGCCCCUGAAUGAAUGGUCUUGAGGAGUCUAUCUGUGUCAUAAAAACAAUAUCACUGAAUGACCUUUAUGUCAUUUCAACAAAUUACCUUUAGUAAUUUCCAUCCACUUUUCAUGUUAAAAGGAAUACUUUGGGAGAUUUUCUAAUGUAUUUUAGCACAUGUGGCAAUCUUUAAGUCAAUUUAAAUUGAACUGUCCUGUGGUGAUGGGUAAUGGAUUCGUGUGUCAUUGCCCCCCCCAAAAAACUGCUUUUAUCCAAUUUGAGAUAAUUUACCCAGAUUUAGAAGUACUGCUCUAGAAGCUGGUCUUCAUAUCUGCAAUAAAAGCUGCUUUUAUUUUA